AUCCAAGGUUCACAUUUAUUAUUAUUAGAUUAGAUUUGAAAACACACAAACUAGAAUAGAAAGAGAUUUACUCUCUCGAUGUCCAUUGCUUUCAACCCCUGUUCUAGCUCACAAGAAACAGAUCUCUUGACUCGUUCUGUGAAACGAAUCAAGGGAGACGAAAAUCAUUCGAUCGUUGAAGAUUUUUUGAUGCAGGAACCGAUGGAGCGACCUAUCUCGUACAAGGAUAUGGUCUCAGCCCAAGAACCAACUUCAAUUAUCUGCGACAGCUCUUCGCGUGAUGACUUCUUGGAAGAGGACUCAGACAUGGAAGAUGAUGGGUCUAUCCCCACAAUCCUUAUCUCCAAGGAAGAAAAGAGGAGGAUCACAUCCCCAUGGCUCAACUCGAUCAUCAUCAAAGCCUUUGGAACAGACAGAGCUGGAUAUAAUUUUAUCCUCCCAAGAAUUAAAGCUCAAUGGAAACCCAAGGCGAAAAUGGAUUGUAUUGACUUAGGACUUGAUUUUUUCCUCAUACGCUUUCAAGAUAGAGAUGAUCUGAACAAAGUCCUUCACAGGGGACCACGGUUUGUCGGUCCUUAUUUCCUGACUAUUAGGAAAUGGGAACCAGCUUUUAAUCCAGAAAAGGCUACGUUCAAAACAACGGCAAUCUGGGCUAGACUCCCAAGAUUACCUAUUGAAUACUAUGACUUUAAAAUUCUAGAAAGGAUUGGCAAGAUGUUGGGCACUCCACUGAGAAUUGAUGCUCAUACUGCACAUCAAUCCAGGGGACAAUAUGCCCGUAUUUGUAUCCAAGUUGAUCUUGAUGAACCACUUGUUCCAUGUGUUCGUAUCGGAAAUCAUAUUCAAAAGGUUCUGUAUGAAGGCCCAGUUUCAUUAUGUUUCUCAUGUGGUUGUGUUGGUCACAAAGAAAACCACUGUCCUCUACAGUUUUCUGAGAUCAACCCUCCUAAUGAGGAAACUGCCAUCAACUCACAGCUCCCCUCUGAAUCAGAAAAUGUUCAGGAUAUUGGAAUUACAGAAUCUCAAAGCUUUGGCCCUUGGAUGUUGGUAGAGAGGAAGCGAUCCAAAAAGAAACCAAGUACUAGCUUUAAAGCUGGCCAAUCAAAUAUUUCGAUGGAAAAACAGAGCAACCAUCCUCAAGCAAACUCAGUGAGUGGACCCAGCGGGUUGAGAGUCGGGUCAAGGGCACAUAUUUCAAAAGGGAGCGUCAGAGUUGACAGUGCAUUAAAUGAGACUACCGUUAUGCCAAACGGUCUGAAUCCCUCUCCUCACCAAAAGAACCAACAAUGUCCAGCUCCAAAUGGUGGUCCCAACAUAGGAAAGGCCCAAAUACCCCAACAAACCCAGCCCAUCCACAAAGGAGAUAAGGUUCAAGAUAAGAUUUCUUCUACCCCUACUCCCACACGUGGAAAGACCUCUUUCACAAAAAAUUCUACCAACCACAACAAAAACCAAACCAAUGUCAAGAGUAUUUCGUCUGAAAGAUCAAGCACCUCCAAUCUAGUUUUGGAUAAUGGAUCCAACAACAUUCACCAUGCUCAGCCUUACAUGGGAUGUCUAUUUGGUCAACAACAACAAAAUCCUACGAAUGGAGGAUGCUCUCUCACUGAUUCUGGAAAAGAACCCAACUCCAAUCGAGGGUUGGUCGGUCGAGGAGAUGAAGACAUGCUAGCUCAAACCGAUCUUGGUAAAGAAAAGUGUGGACCUUAUGCCAUUUCUUCCCCCACCUCAAAUGCAAGAGUGGAUCCCACUUCUGCAACAUCUUCAGGCCCCAAAUUUGUGCAUUCAGGAGUUGGGAAGAUGGAUCUUGACGACAGAGAUGGUUCAUUGGGACGAAUGGUUAGAACCGAUCUCACCGAAGGUAGCUUCAUUCCAAGUGGAUCACCCAUUUCUACACCAACUCAGGAUGAUAGGAUGCAUGAAGACAGUGCAUUUGAUAACCCAAAGGGAGCAGAUCUAGCACUCCAAUGAGUUUCAAUACAAGCAACUUGUUCUGCCGUACUAUUUUUCGGAUGUCAACCUGAUGGUGAUGAACAAGGACGGUCAACCAGUAUGGAUGCAAGAACUGGCCCGAUGGAUGAUGACUACCUUCAGUAAGAAAGUGUGGACUAUGAA